AAUCAGCGGCUGGGCCUGCGGCCUCUUGACCAGCGGGCCGAGCUCCGGGCGCUCCGCCGACAGCUUCUGUCACAGGCCCGUGAGGGCUGUGGGAGUUCCGGCGCCUCGAAUCCUCGUGUCCUCCGCCACAGGACCCCCUCCGCCACAGGGCCCUCGUCCUUCAUGGCGUCCUCUGUAAGGACCAUCCCGGUUCCGACCUCUAAACACCCCUCGCGGCUCUUCUCCGUCGGACUGCCAUAGCCUUGACUCUUCCCCAUAAACUCCUCAGAGAGGCUCUCGCCUCCAUCCGGCCGCCGUCUCUCUGGCCCGCGUGUCCCUCGGGCUCCGCUUGGGUCUCAGGGCUGGUCCCCUCAGCGGCUCCGUUGUCCGGUCGCUGUCCGCGCCUGCCGCCAGAGGGCGCCGUCGGUGGCGGCCGCUCACCCCGCGGGUUCCGCUCCUCUCGCCGCCCCGGCCUCGCCCCCUUGCGCUCGCGCCGCCGGAAGUGGGAGGUGCCGCGCGCGGGCCAGCGCUCGACCCCUCCCCCAGGCUUGGCCGCCCCCUCCCCCGCUCCGCCCGCUCAGAGUGCAGAUGGCGGCCUCUGAGGUAGCUGGCCUUGGGGCCGGUACCCCGAGUCCUUCGGAAUCUUCUGCUUUGUGUGCAUCCAAGUCCGAUGAAUCUCUCCCAGAUGGCCUAAGCCCCAAAGACUCUGCCCAGAAACAGAAGAACUUGUCUCCGCCGAGUGUAAGUAGCCAAAUGAUAACCAAGGAGAGUAACAGAAAUGCCCAUUUGGAACAUCCAGAACAGAAUCCUGGUUCAUCAGUGGGUGAUACUUCAGCAGCGCACGAGGAAGUUGUAGGAGAAAACUUGGUAGCCACAGCCCUUUGUCUUUCUGGCAAUGGGUCUCAGUCUGAUUUGAAGGACUUGACCAACCCAGCAGGAGAGGAGGGGGACACGAGCCUCCGGGAGAGCCUCCAUCCAGUCACUCGGUCUCUUAAGGCAGGGUGCCACUCAAAACAACUUGCCUCCGGGAAUUGCUCUGAAGAGAAAUGCCCAGCAGCCUCCGUCCUAAAGGAAGGUAGCAGGGAUGCAGGCUUGGACUUGCUACCUGUAGUACCGCCUGCAAAUGGGGUUGAAGGAGUGAGAGUGGAUCAGGAUGAUGAUCAGGAUAGCUCUUCCUUGAAGCUUUCUCAGAACAUUGCUGUGCAGACUGACUUUAAAACAGCAGAUUCGGAAGUAAACACAGACCAAGAUAUUGAAAAGAAUCUGGACAAAAUGAUGACAGAGAGAACUCUGUUGAAGGAGCGUUACCAAGAAGUCCUGGACAAGCAGAGGCAGGUGGAGAGUCAGCUCCAGGUGCAGUUAAAGCAGCUUCAGCAAAGGCGAGAAGAAGAAAUGAAGAAUCACCAGGAGAUACUAAAGGCCAUUCAGGAUGUGACCAUAAAGCGAGAAGAAACCAAGAAGAAGAUAGAGAAAGAAAAGAAGGAGUUCUUGCAGAAGGAGCAGGACCUGAAAGCUGAAAUCGAGAAGCUCUGUGAGAAGGGCAGAAGAGAAGUGUGGGAAAUGGAACUGGAUAGACUCAAGAACCAGGAUGGUGAAAUCAACCGGAAUAUUAUGGAAGAGACAGAGCGGGCCUGGAAAGCAGAGAUACUGUCACUAGAGAGCCGGAAGGAGUUGCUGGUGUUGAAACUGGAAGAAGCAGAAAAAGAAGCAGAACUUCAUCUGACUUACCUCAAGUCAACUCCUCCAACACUAGAGACAGUUCGUUCCAAACAAGAGUGGGAGACAAGACUGAAUGGAGUUCGGAUAAUGAAAAAGAAUGUUCGGGACCAGUUUAAUAGUCAUAUCCAGCUAGUGAGGAAUGGAGCCAAGCUGAGCAGCCUUCCUCAGAUCCCUACCCCAACUUUGCCUCCACCACCCUCAGAGGCAGAUUUCAUGCUUCAAGUAUUUCAGCCCAGUCCCUCUCUGACCCCUCGGAUGCCCUUCUCUAUCGGGCAGGUCACUAUGCCUAUGGUUAUGCCCAGUGCGGAUCCUCGCUCUUUGUCUUUUCCGAUCUUGAACCCUGCCCUUUCCCAGUCCAGCCAACCUUCCCCACCUCUUCCUGGCUCACAUGGGAGAAAUAGCCCUGGCUUGGGUUCCCUGGUCAGCCCUCAUGGUCCACACAUGCCUCCUGCUGCCUCCAUCCCGCCUCCCCCAGGCUUGGGCGGUAUUAAGGCUUCUUCUGAAACUCCCCGGCCCCAACCAGUAGACAAACUGGAGAAGAUCCUGGAGAAGCUGCUGACUCGGUUCCCACAGUGCAAUAAGGCCCAGAUGACCAACAUUCUUCAGCAAAUCAAGACAGCACGUACCACCAUGGCGGGCCUGACCAUGGAGGAACUAAUCCAACUGGUAGCCGCACGACUGGCAGAGCAUGAACGGGUGGCAUCAAGCACUCAGCCACUUGGUCGGAUCCGGGCUUUGCACCCUGCUCCUCUGGCCCAAAUCAGUCCCCCAAUGUUCUUGCCUUCUGCCCAAGUUUCAUACCCUGGAAGGUCUUCACAUGCUCCACCCACUUGUAAACUGUGUCUGAUGUGUCAGAAACUUGUCCAGCCCAGUGAGCUGCACCCGAUGGCCUGCACCCACGCACUGCACAAGGAGUGUAUCAAAUUCUGGGCCCAGACCAACACAAAUGACACUUGUCCCUUUUGCCCAACUCUUAAAUGAUGGACCCGACUGGGGAGGAAGAAGAGGAGAAACAGAUGCGAACAGGAAGCGCGGGUUCAAGAUUUCUAAAACUCUAUAUAUUUAUACAGUGACAUAUACUCAUGCCGUGUACAUUUUUAUUAUAUAGGUAAUGUGUGUAUAGAAAGUCUGUAUUCAAAUGUUCGUAAUGAAAGUAUGUAUAUAAUGCAGAAACACCCCUUUUCCCCUCAUCUUGCAGUUUUUGGGGGGAUGCAGACUGUAGGGAUAUAUGAUGUUUAAUUUGGCCUUGAAAUCAUGAUCCCUGCAUAGGACUGUUGUCUAACCCAUCUAGGAAGCUGCUGUUGCUGUAAGGCCAUCCUGCUUUGGUUUGUCCCAGCCUCUAGUCCAUUUUUAUAAGGCUUGUGUAUGCAGAUGUGAUGUCUGGUGCUCACCUGCUGUGCAUCCAGAUGCUGGCCUUGCAGGGGCCUCCAAGCCUUGGUGUUAGUUUAGCCACUCUACUCCAAUAGACAAAAUGAUACUGACUGAGGGGAACAAAUGUAACUCUGAUAGUUUGAUUCAUUGAACAUUUUACUGUGUUAAUCCUCAUUAUUUAUACAUUGAUAUCAGGUAUACAGGAUAUUCUGUUUUAUGUCAGUAAAAUCCACAGUCCAAGAACAACAAAAUCAGGUUCCAUUUCUCCCACCAUCUUCUGUCUACUCUGCUUUCUAGAUAGAAAAGCACAAUUCACAGAUUUUUCCCCUGGGCCAAGCCACCAUCCCUUGUUGCUACUGGUUUAGCCUCCACUAAGCACUGACCAGCCAGGCUUGCAAAGUGCUCACCCUUCCAUUCCUCUGGUUUCCUAAUCUAGCUAUCCCCUCCCCCCAAAGGUUAAGGCAAUUGGUUCACCACCAAGUGAUUUGGUGACCUUAGGUGAGCUCCAGACAGGCACUGGGGUGAGAUGUCUGUGCAAAAUUACUUGCAGAAUAAUCGUGGGAUGUUGGACUUCAUUUAUCAAUCAAGAACGCUAUGAAGGAUACAUUCCCUGUCUAGAAUACAGUGGAGACAGUGAGAUGAAGGAAGGUGGUACAGUUGUAAGCUAUGCUUUGUGGAUUCCCAUCUGGAGGAAGAUAGGUUUGCCACCGCCACUUACUGAGUUCUUCUGGUUUUUAUGUCUGAGACAGCUGUGGCUCUGAGAACCUUGAGUCUUUCCCAAUCUUUAUCUUUACUCCUACAGGAAAUGGUUUUAAUUACCUUCUUUUUUCAGAAUUAAACAAGUGUUAAUUGAGAAAAAAUGCAUCUGGGGGAAGGGUAACAUGCUACUGACAAUUGAUGUUUUCCCAUCCUGGGACUGGGGGUGCUUAUUGAGUCUAGCAGUUUCUGUUAGGAUAGCAAAGACUUUGUCCUUUCUGAGCUAACUAAAUUCUCUUGUUUUUCUCUGCCUUGCCUAUGAGCUCAUGGAUGAAUUCUUUUCUCUUGCCUUAUUGUCCAGGUUGAUUGAUAAGCAUGAUUAGGGGUGGACUUCCCAGGGUUACCUUAAAAUCUUUAAGGGGGAAUGGCCUGAGUCUUCCUUUUUAGAGGUCAGGUGACCUCCUUUCUUUGGUUAAUGAAGUACUUCUGUCUUCUUGUCUCCAGUUUGGUACUACUUGAACAGAAAAAGGUGGCAAAAUGGAAGUCUACUUCCUUUGUUUAUUUCAUGUGGCAGAUUCAUUCAUUCAUUUUCUGUCUUAAGAUUGCUCUCUCCCUUCAACUGUGCAGCAUCCAGCACUAGCUAUGUAGUACCUCACUGUCACCUGAAAACUGUACAUUGAAAGUGAGCAUAAAGAAUGUUGUGUUUAGUUAAACAUAGUGGCACAAGCCUGUAAUCAUGGCAUAUGGGAGGUGGACACACAGGAGGGUCAGGAGUUCAAGGCUAGCCUGAGCUACAUGAGACCAUAUCUCAUCCUCCUGGCCCCUUCCCCUACAGACACGCAUGUAAUCACACACACACACACACACACACACACACACACACACACACACACACACACACACACACACACACACGGUUUCUAUCGAGGAGGAGUUGUGGCACACACCUGUAAUCCUAGCACUCAGGAGGCAAAGGCAGGAACGUUGCUACAAGUUUGAGGCCAGCCUGAUCUACAUGAGAUGCUGUCAAAGAAAAGAAAAGAGAAAGACAGACAGACAAAAAGAAGACAGAAAGGAAAAAAGAAAGUAAGAAAAAAACUACUUUUCUUUUAAAAAAAAAUCUUAGAAGCCAAAAGAGUAGAGAAGAAAAAAAGCAGGAAUGAUGGGGCCAAGCUGUCUCUCAGAGCGAGCCCCAGAAAGGCAGCAUUUUGGAGAGUGGACCUCCACAGUUGGAGCCUCAUCACUGUGGCUCUAUCUUUGCAGAGAAACAGUCAGAAAAACACUCAGAGUCUGCCAUGCCUGUUUGUAUCACCUCUGCCCACUGGGCCUCCGUUCAUACAGACGGUAGCAAAGCCCCACAUACAGUGGAGAUAGGUCAGUCAUUUUUCAGGAGACUUUGAAAAUAGAGCUGUAUAAUACAUAUUUUUACAAGCGAGAAGCUGUUGUCAAGAUUUUUUUCUGUUUUACAUAUCAGAGUUCAUAAUUUUAUGAUACAAAGGAGUUAACCAUCAAAAGAAAAAUAAAUGCAAAUUUUCCCCCUUUAAAAAAAAAUAGAACACCAGUUACUAGGGUAAAUAACAACUAGGUUGAGUUCUCUCUCUCUCUCCCUUUUUUUUUUUUUUUUUUUGCCCUGUAAAGAAAUGGGGAAAAAGCCAGUUUUUCCCAACAUGGGUAGAAAUGAUAAAGCAGAAUGCGGCGUUUUCAUGGUAGUGAUCCUGGAAGCUUAAUUACACUGUAGUUCUGAGCCGGAAGCGGACAGUCUCCAUCUUCCUGGCAGUCUGUGGGUGUAUUCCUACUCAGCCAGAGCAGCACCAGUGCGAGGGCAAGGAAGAGGACCCAGCUGGAAACUGUGACGCAGGAUUCUUAUUUUAUUGGUUUAUGGCUUGUGGGCAGCUGGCUGGGCCAGCAACUCCAGAGGCCCUGCUAAUGUCUCUUCCUCAUCAACUGUCCCACACUUGGCAGGUCCCCAGCCUGAAAGCAGUGUAGAGCGUACCAGGAGAGGAUGCAGUGGUCAUCCUGGGAAAACCCAGCUCUUCCCACUAACACUGGCUUCAUGUCUGUCGUGUUAGAACUGGCAGGGAAGAGGUGAGUGUGGCCCCCACAACCUAGCCCAAGAACCAGCCUGGGUACCCAUGGAUUAUAUUGGGAGGGGCAGCAGAGAGCAGGACAGAAAGGCUGCUCUGUCAGGAAAGGAGAAGAAAGUAAGGAAGCCCUGAGGCUGCCAUCCUUUCUCCAGGCAGCCUUGAUACUGAAGGCAAUGACAUAGAACAGAAAGCCCUCUAUCUUACAGUUGCUGUUUAAUACUAGCCAAUGCGUGGUGUUUCCUUAGCCAGAUAAAUAGAGGGGCCAUUGGAGAGGGCAAGAGAGGAAUGAACCCACUCAGUAUUCCAUAAAGAGCUUAUCGUUUUGUACCACUGGGCAAAAAGAAAGAAAAUAAAAACAAAAUCCAGGCAGAGGCAAAUGCAUCAGCCCUAACCCUGCUGGAUGAAUCUUGAGGGCUCUGCCUUUGUGGAUCAGAGAGGAGGACUCUCCUGUCUGUUCCUUUUAGCACCUUGGUUGGAGUGAACCUAUGCUGGGAAGACCAUCCCUAGCCCUACAAUAUUCUAACUGUUGUCCCAUAGGGCACCUAAGACCUUGGGGUUGGGUCAUUUUGGUGCCACUUAGCAUGUUGAAGAAGCAGAGAGAGACAGAAUUAACAAGAUAGGAAUUCAUCUGUCCAGUGGGACUUUUCUCAUGAGCACUGUUCCUCUAAGAGUGUUAAAAAGAGCUCUUUGGCUAAUAAGCCCUUUUUCCCCCAUUUCAUUUCAGUUCAGACUACAACCACAGGCACAUUGGGGAAUGAUACCUCUUAGUCCAGAUGGGCUUCUGUCUUGGAGAUGAGUCUAAACUUGGAACUAGAAAGUGAUCAGAGUUCUGCCUUUCCCAGUUUUGCUACCAUCUCCUUCCUGUCUCUAUCCUAUCCUGUCUCCUCAUCUUGACUGCCCCCAGGAGUAUAAACAUUCGCAUCGCAUAGGUUCUUGUUUAUCUCAAGACGCAGUCUUUGUACCAGUGUAGGCUUGAGUCUGCAGUCCCUAUCACUAAAGCAACUGGCAAACUUCACUUUCUUCUGCUGACUUUGGCCAGCAGGGAAUGAGAUUGGCCCUUUCUCUGCCAGGGUACCACAGGGACACAUGCCGGGUAGCCUGAGUAUGACGCCAGUACUUCUGGAAGGACAUAAAGAAUACUUUAGGUUGGAGACUCUAAAGGAUGCUGGGCAGAGGGUCAGGGCUGAAGCUUCAAGCAGCAAAAUUUCCAACUCAAGUUUGUGGUGUCUAAGGAUAUUCCUGCCACCAGAACGCUGCUUCCUUCCCUCUCCUGUGUCCUACAGGUGCAAGCCCUGUAAUCCAGCUUGCCUGAUUUCUCUGUUCUGUCACGCCAGAAGCAUUGGCAGGUUGGUGAGGGUCCUGAGGUGCUCUGGCCACAGGUACCAUCCAUAGCUCCAACUCAUGUGACCAAAGGGAACCACCCAGAUGUGGUCCAGGGGCGUCUCCAUCAUCUGCCCACGGGCCUCCUUACUUGAGCAGGGAGAUGUCAUCAGCAAAGUCAUCGUGCUGGUGGCGCAGGCAACGCAGGCAGCGCCACUGACAUACCAUGAGGCAGAGUGGCAACAUGAAGAGGGCGCAGAUGGCCGCCAUGACAUAGGCUAUGGUCAUAAGUGUUGACUCAUCUGUCUGGGGAAUGUUGUAGCCACAGUCUUCCAUGUCUGCCGUAACAAACGGACCUUCCACUGCCGCCGUCCUGAACUCAUCGUGCACUGGAGAGAGGGUGGAGAUGAACCGGUAGCUCUUACUGUCAUAGAGUAGCUUAGGUUAUACAAUUAAAAGAGCUUCCUGACAGGGGCCCCUUGGGAUCCACCCAAGUGAGACUGCAGAGCCCAACUUGGACAGAGCGAGCAGUAGGCAGGGAAGCUAGUACUGAGGGAGGCUGUUUCUCCUUCCAGGGCCUCGGGAACUGGACUGCAAGCCUCUCCCAUUCUCACAUCCAGUAGAGGUGAUAUCAAAGUCAACAGUUCCAAGUUGACCAAAAUCUAGCUCCUUCCACACAUAGCAGACUUACCUGUCUUCAUGAAAAUGCAACCACAAAGCCCUGGCCCUUUUCUGCAGUAGUACUCAGCUUUACUGUGGGCGGGCAGCCACCCUUGCAGCUAGUAUUUCCAAGUGCCUGGGAAGCUCGAGCUGCUAUCAGUUUCCAAUAGUGCUUUCCCCACCAGGCGUGUUCACCAGAGCAAGCCUUAGCCCUAGCUCUCACACAUGGUUGAUUAGCCAGAGGCAGCUACUACUACCUCCCAAACAAAGAGAUCUGGGUAUUAGCAGCUGACAGCAAGAACAUGAGCUGACUGACCCCACACCCUCCUCACCAUGGCAAGCGCUGACAGCAAAGCCAAUUCGCUUUCGGGCUCGAUCGAAGACGACAUAGAAACCUUCCAUGAUGACGGCUCCCAUAACAGUGCCCGUGGAUGACUGUGAGACAGCGAACUUGUAACAGUCGUCUUGGGACGUGGCCACGUCCUCCACCGGCCGUAGGUAUUGCUAGGGGUAAACAGUCACAGGGUGAGAGCAUGUCUGAUUCUUCCUGCCUUCCUCUGCCUUUUAGUCUCCUACACUCUUCCUCAAGCCCCAAGAUGUGGAUUCUUCUGAGACCCCUUUACCACCACACAUUCGUUUCAUCUUUCAAGUUGUAGCAAGCUAUGUCUCUUUACAUACUUUGUCUGCUGCUUGGCACCCCACUGUCUCAGCUUGGGGACAUACCUGAGGAAGGAUGGUGAUGCGGAAGGACUGAUUGGUGACUUCACCCAUGAGGUAAAGUGAAAUGACUGGGAAAAUGUUCCAAGGGGUCGUGCCUGCUUGCCAGCACACCAGCUGCUCCCCUAGCCAAAAGCCAUCCGGGAACUUCUCCGUCUGUUGACAAGAGAGGAAUGUGAAGCCUCGGCCUAUCCCACCAUGUCUUCUCUGUGUUCAGAACCACAGUGACAGUACCACUGUGUGCUUUUCCAGGGAAUUUUCCAAAGUAGCAAAGGUAAACUGAAGUCUACGGAUCAGGAGGAGAAAGUGAGAUACUGGCCUCAUAAAGCUGUGAGUGGGCAUGGUGGCUCACACUGCCUGUGGUCCCAGAACUUAGAAGGCUAAGGCAUGAAGUUGUCAAGUUCAAUGCUAACCUGGGCUACGUUCAUGACCCCAUCUCAAAAAAAAAAAAAAAAAAAAAAAAGGCAUCUCAAUGCCAAGUCAACAGAGCAGUGGUUUGUAAGCGCCUGAUGGGAAGGAUCUACGUAUCUUUAGGGCUUGCUGAGGAGUGUGACUGUCACUGACCGAGGAGGCUGCCUUGAUGGACUUGACGGCAGCUUCAAAUACUUUCUUGGGCAAGCGAAGGUUGGUGGUCCCACUGUCCACAAUGCUCUUGUCGUAGUUGUACUGAGGAGAGAGGGGGGGAGAGGUGGGAGGGGUGAAUCUGACAGCUAAGCAUCCUACUGGGGUUGGCAUCUUAGCUUUCCCAUUUUGUAUAUGUGCGUCCUUGGGCACGUUGCUUAACCUCUGUGUACCUGUUCUCUUGUUCUAAAUUGAAGAUAAUAACAGUGCCUACCUCAAAGGUUACCAUAAGGAUUACAUAGGUCAAAAGGCUGAAAGCACUAAGUAGGUCCUGGCAGAUCCCAGGCACUUGGUAAGUACUAACUUCGUCACCUUGUGCGGGUAGGUGUUCUCUAAAUCUAAAGCAGAAAUGCCUUGUGUGGUAUUUGUAACUUCUAGUACUUUUAUGUAGUUAUUCUCAUUCACCAUACAUUAUAAUGGAGAGAAGGGUGGCUCAGCACGCACAAAGCCAUGAGCUUGAGCUCUGAUGCUGCAUGGUGGUAUAUGCCUGUAGAGAGACACUUGAGAGUCAGAGAAAGGAGGACCAGGAGUUCAAGGUCAUCUUUAGCUACCUAGCAAGUCUGAGGUCAGCGUGGGCUACAUAAGAUCCUCAAAAAAGCCAAAAAAGGGGGCUGUUGAGAUAGGUAAGGGCACCUGCUACCAAGUCUGAUGACCUGAGUUCAACCCCAGAGAGACCUACUAGUUACUGAAAAUUGUCCUCUAACCUCCAUACACAAGCUGUGGCACAUGCCCCAUCCUCAUCCCAAUAAAUGUAAAACAAAAUCUAGGGAAAGAGACCCUAAGUGUUGGCAUUUGGGUAUGCCAAGCAUAACGACUAACACUUCAUACAUUGGCUUUGACCUUUACAGUCUGUGAGAACGCUUGUGUAUUUCUACCUCUGCCUUGUAGAUGAGGAGUCUGGCACUGUAGUGAGGAGCCUGAGGGCACUUAGUAACAGCAGGACUCUAGUCAGGUCCAACCUCUGCCUCACAAAAGCCUUGCCCAAGGCUGAAGAGGCAGUGACUAGAGUCCAGAAAGGAACUCUUUCAUGUUUUCAUUACUAUACUUAAGUCAUGUGGUCCAGGCUCUGUGACUGCUCUGCCAGGCCCCGCCCUUCACCUUAGGGAUUGCCUCGUGAUCCUGUGCUUCCACCCUCAUGGCUCUCACACACUGUGAGACUCCCCUUAUGCUCACGAGAAUCCCCUCCAUCCCAUUACCUCCUUGCAGUCCAUCUUGAGAUCUUGACCAUUGAUUUCCACACGUACAAUGAUCACUUCAUAAUACCACUCCCGCCGGAUGGGUGUGUACCAGAGACUGCCCGUGUAUAGCGAGUGGUCGAUACCACCAAUGAUCUAAAAGAAAAAGAGACAGACACCUAUGUCCUAGCACAGAAGGAGAGCAAGUUACCCAAGACUAAAUAAUAAGAUCAGCCAUUUCUUGGGGUGCCAAGAUUCUCUCUAAUCUCCCAUCAUGCCCCAUGCAUGGUAAUAUUUAGUUUCCUAAAUGUGUUCAGGAGAAGAAACACAUCGGGAUUAUUUGUAUCAAAAUCUAUAGCCCUUGACCGAAAGUUAUUUAAGCCUAAGCUAGUACAAUAAACGUGGAAUGAACUGAUUGUAUGCUGCUUUCAUACAUUUUCUUGUCUUUGCUUGUUGGAGAAUACUUGUUACUGUCCUAAUUAAUAAAUGGGCUUGAACUGA